GCCCUCGGCGUCCGCCUGAGGGGCGCUGUCACCCCUUCCCACGCCUCGCGCCUUCCCGGCUUCCCCCGCACAUCGCGGGAAGAACUACAGUUCCACCAGUCCGAAAAGAACGUCCCUCAAAACCCGUCUCUACCCACGGCCACACAAGAAAGCUCGUCCGCCCAGAUAAGCGAAACGCCCGGCAGAGACUUUUCUGAUUGGCUCUCGGGAAGCUCUGUCAAGGCGGUACUUCCGGCGGAAAGGAACGCGGGAGAUUCGGUUGUUGGCGUUUGGUGAGCGGCUGGUUUUGAGUGGCCAGCGUCUUCUCAUGGUUGCCCGGACUUGUCCCGAUCCUUUGCCUCAGAUAAAUUUUUAAGUGCUUCCCAUUAUGCCAAGAACCACCAGGUAUUGGGUGACUUCAGUUAACAAGAGAGAUUGUUGUCCUAAGGCUCUACAUUUAGGGGAGAAAUGGUUUAGCUGUUAAGAGACCUUGCUGCUCUUGUAGAGGACCUGGGCUCAGUUUUCAGCACCCACGUCCAGAAGCUCAUUACCACCUGUAACACCAGCUCCAGGAGAGCCAUGGGCACCUGCACACAGGACAAAAUAUAGACUCAUGAAUAGAAGACGGAAAUUCCUUCUUGCCUCAGUGCUUGCUCUCCAGAAUUCGAGUUUUAUAUAUCCAUCAUGUCAAAGGUGCUUUUCUCGGAUAGUCCUUGACUCCAAAAGGUUUACUUGUCCCAAGUGUGGCUCUACGGGUGAGGCUGAAAGUUCCAGUUACAGGUACAGACUUUGCUUAAAAGUGGCAGAAUCAAGCAAACUUUAUGUCAUUACUGUGUUUGGGAACUGCUUAGACACAUUUUUUGGACUCACAGCCACUGGUUUGAAGAGGUACCUUGAGAAUUCUAGUGAAAUCCCAGAACCCCUGGACAGUGGUAGAAUGCAGAGCCUAUUGACCACAGCAGUGGAAAAUUGUUUUGUUGGACAAAGCUUUGUGUUUGGAGUGACGAAUUUUGGAGAUAUAUGUGGACAUGAUUCAGACUCCAAUAACUUCUUGCAGCCAUGCUGUAAAUGCAAAGGAGAAGUCAGAACACUAAUAGCUUCCCAGAUUGUUCUGCCUGACCCACAUAUUACAGGCUUUACUGUCAUUGACUACUUAAAUCAGCUUUUGCACACUUCCAACUUCAAGAAACAUCAUUGUGACUCUCAGGAGUAUAGCAGCCACUCCCUCACUUUAGAUCACUCAGACAGUGAUCUUGGCAGCCUACAUGGCUCUGUGCAAACGUCCUGUUUUCUGGAGUCCUGCAGCAGAGAUGAUCUUCUCAGAUUCUGGCAGCCAUCACUUGAACUGACUUCAACUGAUUCACAAGUAACAGCUAAUGAUGACUUUUCAGCUUCAGAACAAACCCUGAUCAGUGGUACUCCUGAUCAAAACAAACAGUGCGUCUCCUUUUCCGAAGCCACUUGUUCUAAGAACUGUCAGGAUCCCUUUCAGAGUUCCCAGAGCCUUGUUUCAUGUAUGGACAAGAAUAAUACAAUAGGAAAGCAGGGCAGAGAAUUUGGUUUACAGGCUAAUCAUCUGAGUCCAAUUUGUCCCAGUUUUCAUGAAUCUAGGCUGUCUGACUCUAAUUUAUUCCCUUCACAAAUGCAAGAAUGUUUUCAAGAAGAUAAUGCAGAAUGCUACAGUGAAGCAGAAAUUAAAAAUGAAUAUUCCCAAUAUGACAUCCCAUGUUAUCAGCAUCGUGACAUAAAUACUACCACAAUCCUUCAAGAGAGACCUGCAUUUUCUUUGUCAUCACUCAAACCUGAAGAAACAAGUGCUUCUCAGAACUGUGACUCCUUAAUUUGGGAUGAUUUACCAUUCUCUGAAAGCCUGAGCAAGUUUCUGGAAGUUGUUGAAAGUGAAAUUGCUGUAACCAAGACGGAUACUAAGGACAGAAAACAGGUUACAGAUAAUGACGUUGAUAAAUUCCACACAGACCACAGCAGAUUAUCUGUGACUCCCAGGAAAAAUACUGGAACAUUGAAUACACUGCCUUUGCGCUUAAGAUCAUCGCAAGCAAUGGUGAAAGAAAACUCCAGGAAAGAGACCUUUUCCAACUGUGAAUCUAAUAUAAGUCCUCAAAUUCAAAGAGAAUCCAAACCUGACAAGACAGCAGAAGCUGUCUCCAUAGGCAGUGAUAGUAGUGGUAUCUCAGAGUGUUUUCUACUAGAUACUUGCCUUUCAGCUCUAUUUACGUCUUCAAAAGAUAUGGACGCAUCCGUUCCCCAUAAGAGGACUGCUGGGAUCCUACAACAAAGGGAUGUGAUUUCACUCAGGUCUAGUACCUCAACAAAUAACUGCUCUUAUCUUAGUAACAAAUCUUUUAAUGGAUGUAGAGAAAAGUCACAUUCAGAAACAAAAGGAAAAUUGACAAGCUUAUGUUCUAAGAAAUACAGUAAUGUUUCUGAUAUUCACAAAUUAGAAAAUAAGCAAUAUUAUAGAUGGUCAAAGAACCAAGAUGACAAUUUUACAAUAUGCCGGAAACUUACGUAUCCUUUAGAGACUCUUUGCCAUAGUCCAAAUAAUACAAAUACAGCAAAAGAAUUACCUCACAGGCCUAUCAAUAAUAACUUAACACAAAGUUAUUCUGCUGAUCAUGAAGGUAGCUACAAUGCUUCUGCUGAUCUUUUUGAUGAUGUUGCUAAAAAUAAGGACAUUGGAACAGAAAUUACCAAAAUACCACAGGAUAUUUUGUUACCAUGGGAAGCAUCUUGCACAGAAAACCAUCCUAUAGAUGAAGAAGGCAGCCAGCCUUCACAAAAACUACCCUUGCAAAACAUAGCAACAUCAAGGUAUCUGAGAGCAAGUUCUCAGUCAGAUUCAGAAUGUGAUUUUGAAGAAAGCCAAGACUUUGUUCCCUGUUCCCAGUCAACUCCAGUUGCAGGCUUCCACCAAAGAAUUCAUGGCUUACACAGACCUUUCAAAAUAUUGCCUUCCUUAUAUUCAAAUCUUAAUGCUAACUAUAAAAACACAAAACUUUCUCCCGAAAAUGGCAAACAUCAAGCUACCUCAACCUGCCCAAAGAAUGUAAAAACACCUAGCCAGAAAUCCAGAAGUCCUGACAUACCUAGUUUGACAAAACCAGAGAUUUCCAACCCCUGCUCCACUGCUGAGUGCCUUGAAAGCGAUGUGGAUGAAUGGUUCCCCCCUACCACCCAAAAAGUAUUUCUUUCAGAUAUCCUUGGAUUCCAAGUCACACGCUUAAGGAAAUGCCUUGCUGUCUAUCCUUCCCCCGACCAAAAAGAGUUACCAAGAAAGAAACCAAAUAAAAGUUGCACAUAAAACCAACGUGUUUAAUUAAAGUUAAGGAAUAUAUUUACAGCUACAGUUGCAAAAACAGAAGCGUCCUAAACAUAACUAUAAAUGGUCAGGCUGAAAAUAAGAAAAAAACAUUUUGGGAUGUUUUUCAAAAUAUGUUGCCUUCCAUUUUCAGAAUACUGCCACUUUAGUGUCUGAAACAAAAAGUACUUAGUCAUCAAAAUUAUUUUCAUAUAAAGUCCUAUGAACCCAAUUCCCAGAAAUUUUAAAUAAAGGCAGAUCUGUUUGAAAUUUUUGUUUUCACUGACAUAGAAAGCAAUCCUUAUACUUUGAACACUUAACAGAAAAUUGGUCAUGAAGAAUGGACUGUACUGAGUGCUAUGGGAUCUUUCAAGAUUUCCUCGAGGCUUUUUUUUCCAGAAUACUAUGAUUUAGAUAACUGAGCACUUUAUCUUACAUUGACUGUACUAAUCUGUUGUUCUUGUAUUUAAAAGUAUUUGUUAAAAUAUAGACAUCCAGAAGUAAAGCAUUUACAAACCAGAAUGUCAUUAAUAAUUGUUAGCUAAGAUAAGAUUGUAACUGCUGGGCUGAGGUUGUAGCACAAGGCUAACUAAAAGGUCACUAAUCUCAAUUGAUUUUGGUCUAUUGGAUAAGACAGUGUCAAUACUGUACAGGAAGUGCAAUGUUACAGAUGUGUUUCUUUUACAUGAAGGUUAAAACCUGACUGAAUCUUUGGUACUACAGUACAAGAGCAUCUUCAAUGUUUUUCACAAUUGAUUAAUAUUCUGAUCUAGGAAUUAUUAAUGGUGAGAAUACUGCUUUGCAUAAAUGCAUAGUACAAAAUGACAAGUAUUUUUAGGAACAUUUCAGAGAUGGUUGGAAAUUUUAUACUUAUUCCAAGCUAAAAUUUGUUUAACAAUCUUUAAUGGAACUCAAGGCACUGGAGAAAUGUGACAGUGGCUAAUAUCACUUGCUGCACAAUUAUGAAGACCAGAAUUCAGAUCUUAUCACCCAUAUAACAAGCCAGGUUUCCUGCAAUACCUAUAAGUUAUGUGUAGUAAAAACACUGCAGUUCAUAGCAUAUUGGCAUUACAUCCCAUAACAUGCACAGCUCAAAGUAUAUGUUAUAUUUUCAAAACCAAAACUUCAGUGAAGUCACACUGAUGCAGGGCAAGUGCUGUCAGAAACACCUUGGAUUCCUUGUACAUUGCUUCAGAAACCUUUUGUUGCUACCACCAUGGGUAUUUUUUUUUUAGCUCCCAACAUUAAAUUGUGUGACUCAUUGUUUAAGAAGCUGGGCCUAGUCAAAAAAUCUGAAUCUGAUAUGUGUUAUGGAAGGAGAAAAUAGCCAAAAGAAGAACAAUUCCCAGACUCUGGAGUCAGCCAGCACCUUUGCCAUUCCAUUCUGGAGUUAUUCCACAUCUUUGUCCUUAUGUCACCAACAGACAGCUUUUCUCUUUCCUUCGUUUCAUAUGUAAUAUUCAGAUCACUCGUGGUUGUUUGAAUGGGAUGUCUCCCAUAGUCUUAGGCAUUUGAACACUUGGUCCCCAGUUGGUGCUGUUUAGGCAGGUAUGGCCUCACUAGAGGAAAUGUGUCACUGGGGAGAAGCCUUUGAGAUUAAAAAGCCUCUGCCAUUUCUAAUUUGCUGUCUAAUUUGUGCUUGCACUUCACAGAGUAAACUCACAGCUUGCUCCCAUCACUAUUGCCUGCUGCUAUGCUUCCCCACUGUGAUGGUGAUGGACUGUUAGCCCUCUGAAACCCUAAGCCUAAAAUAAGCCCUGUGAAAGUUGUACUUUGUCAUGAUGAUUUAUUAGAGUAAUAGAAAAGUAGUUGGUAUAACUUACCUUGCCACACCUCGAUCUGUUCAGUUUUCUAGGUCUGUGCCACUCCAUGUCUUAGAAAAUGAUGCACAGAAGUAUGGCAGUAAUCUUUCUCUGUGGGCUUUUAAUUCAUUAUACCUGUCUUUUUUGGAUCUUGUACCAAAUAAUGCCUCCUAUAGUUUACUGUGUCUCUCUCCUUCCUAAACUCCUCAUUU